UCAUUUCUGAAACCCUAGUCACCUUCUUCCUCUUGUCUAUCAAAACCUCACUCCAAACCUUCUUCAGUUCCUCUUCCGAUGGCGCUUCAACUCAGCCUCAGACCCAAACACCCUAAAACUCUCACCAAUCCUUCUCUCAUCCACCUCUUCUCCUCCAAUUCCUCCGCCCCAUCUGAUCCGAAUGACGAGCCCACCGAUAGUUCUUCCUCCGCCGACACUGGCUCAGCUCAGUCUCCCAUGUCCUCUUACUUCAGCGAUGUUAAAGCUCGCCUCAAACAGCAGCAGCAAUCCCCUUCUCCAUCGAGUGCUAGAAAGCCUUCGUAUCCAUUCACUUCUGUCCCGAAUCGAUCGAGUUCUCCGGCUUCGAAAGCCGCUUCACUCGAAGAAAUCAGAAAGAAUCUCUCUGAGUUUCGCAGUCGAUCGUCUGUGCCUCCUCCCUCCGAGCUUGGCCCUACACCAUCUUCAGCUUCUUCGUCCUGGCAGCGUGGUAUCUCGUUUCAAGAGCUUUACAAGAGGAAUGCGAUGAGGAAGGGCGAUGAUGGUAGUGCACCUGAAAGUGGCCGUAGCGGCAUGCUGUCGUUCGAUUCUAUUCGGGAGAGCUUGCGGCAGGUGAGUUCAUCGAAGGCGAUGCAAAAUGAACGGAAGAGUGGGGAUUCAAUGUCGUUAUCGGCAUUUAAGAACAGCUUGAAAUUGAAACCGAUGGACCCGGCGUCGACAUCGGUGUUUGGUGGAACAGAGAGGUUGCCUGCGUCGGUUUUCGGGAAGGAGAUGAUGGACAGAAAACAAGGGGAGAACGAGGGAAUGAAGACUGAGUUUGUGAAGAUGUAUAGCCAUGGGGAAUUGGGGACCAAGUUGAGAGCUCUGAGGCCAGAAAAAGAAAAAGGGAAGAAUUGGUUUUCAUUGACGGAGUUGAAUGAGAGGUUGAUGAAGCUAAGGACAAUGGAGGAGAAGGAAACCGAGUCGAAAAUUGGGGGGAUUUCAUUCCAGGAUUUGAGGGAGAGCUUGGUGAAGAUGAAGAUGUCUGAUGAUGAAAAGGCAAAGAAAACGACAAUCCAGCGGCUCGAUAUCUUGGGUCAGCUAGGUCGAACACCAAACCAUAUGCUACAACCUCCUCAGGAACAUCUUGUUGAAAAGUAUUUCCAUCCGGAUAACAUGUCGUCUGCUGAAAAGCUGAAAAUCGAGUUAGCAAAAGUCAGAGAAGAAUUUAAAAUGUCGGAGUCAGACUGUGGAUCUGCUCGUGUUCAAGUUGCGCAACUUACCACUAAAAUCAAUCAUCUAACUGCUGUCUUGCACAAGAAGGAUAAGCAUUCUAAGAAAGGUCUUCUUGCAAUGGUGCAACUGAGAAAAAAGCUACUGAAGUAUCUUCGGCGAACCGACUGGGAAUCCUACUGUAUGGUUCUUAACAAACUCGGUUUUCGAGACAACCCAGAUUACAAGAACUGAAGCACAGGUGGUCUCCGUUCUUCUCUUACAUGCACUGAAAUCGCUUUCCUGAGGUUUGCACUCAGUUUUGUUGGAGAGAGUUCUGUGGAAUUACAUUAGUUUCAUUCAUAUCAUCAUAUGAUAUCUAUCAUGAAGUGAGAGGCUUCUGAUUGUUGGCAUUGGAAGCUUGGAGAUAGACAGUUCAUUGAUAAUGGGAAGUGUAGAAUCAAUCUCGCAAGUUUUUUUGAUUUCAAUAGAUUGUAUUAGCAAAUCCUGAGGUGAUGUUGUACUGUUUUUGAAUUCAUUCGUUCUUUAGCUGCAAAAAAUGGAUUGCCCUGUUCUUGCUGAAA